AUGGAGGAAAAGGAGGAGGUAGAUCUGGUUUCGUUGCGGAGGGCAGGGGCUCUUCAAGUUGAAAGUGCUCCCUCCUUUGUGAGGCAAAAAUUUCAAUUUGAUGGUGUCAUUGAGGCCCAACAAUUUGAUAGAGAGACUCUUAAUGCCAUUUUUGAAGUUGCAAGGAGGAUGGAGAGGAUUGAAAGCAAUUCAUUUGGGAGCCAAAUGCUUAAGGGUUACCUCAUGGCUACCUUGUUUUAUGAGCCAUCCACUAGAACCAGGCUUUCGUUUGAAUCCGCCAUGAAAAUAUUAGGAGGGGACGUUCUCGCAACUGAGAAUGCAAGGGAGUUUUCAUCUGCUACUAAAGGAGAAACACUCAAAUAUACUAUAAGAACUGUUGAAGGUUACUCUGAUAUAAUUGUGAUGAGACACUUUGAAAGUGGUGGUGUAAAAAGAGCAGUAGCAACAGCUAGCAUUCCUGUAAUCAAUGCAGGGGAUGGCCCUAGACAACAUCCCACCUAA